AUGUCGAACGAUAUCCUCAAGUCUAUCCCCCUCCCUACCCUCGAUCGCCCUUUUGGCAUCGAGCUAUGGCCCAUCUUCGACAAGGCAUAUUCUGCCGUUGUGGGCUACUCCCCCAUGGACUUCAAGUUUGAACCAGGCAAAACCCCGAUGUCGACAUUGCCAGAGACCGUUAUUGCUCUGAUCUCGUACUAUGUCAUCAUCUUUGGUGGAAGAGAAGUGAUGAAACACCGCAAACCGUUCACGCUCAACGGCGCUUUCAUGGUCCACAACCUCUAUCUCACCAUCAUCAGCGGUUGUCUCCUGUUGCUGUUCGUUGAACAGUUGCUCCCGACGCUGGUUCGAGGCGGCGUCUUCCAUGCCAUUUGCAGCUACAAUGGAGGUUGGACGCAAGAACUGGUUGUGUUGUACUAUUUGAACUACCUCACCAAAUACCUCGAACUCAUUGACACCUUGUUUUUGGUCCUGAAGAAGAAGCCCCUGACCUUCCUCCACACAUAUCACCACGGUGCAACUGCCCUUCUCUGCUACACUCAGCUUGUUGGGCACACUGCAGUAUCAUGGGUUCCCAUUACGCUGAAUUUGACAGUGCACGUGGUUAUGUACUGGUACUAUUUCCAGUCUGCUCGCGGCAUCAGAAUCUGGUGGAAGAAAUACAUCACCAUCAUGCAAAUCAUCCAAUUCGUCAUUGAUCUGGGCUUUGUCUACUUCGCUUCCUACACCUACUUCGCCAACUCUUACUUCUCCUGGCUCCCAAAUGCAGGCACCUGCGCAGGAGAGGAAUUUGCGGCCAUUGCUGGUCUUGUCAUUCUCAGCUCUUACCUACUGCUCUUCAUCUCAUUCUAUUUCGCAACCUACCGGAAACAGACCAUCCAAGGACGACCAAGAAGGAACACUGGCAGAGAAGCUUUGAUCGCUAUGAGAGAUCUUCCCCUUCCUGACCCCCAUAAGGUCCCGUCCGCCCUCGGAGACGAGAAGAAGAGCAAUGGCGCUGUCACCACCGGGCGAUCAAACGGUCCAACCACCCGAUCGCGAAAGGCUUAG